GUGUGUAGUUCAAAAUCAUGCGGCGCGUAACUAUAAACGAAAUGUGUGUGAUAUAUAGAGAAAAAGCCUGUAGUGUUGUUAAAUAAUUUCAGGUUCGAAAUUAAUAACAGGCGAACUUUUGUUUGUGUGCAGUCUGUAUAAUCGCGUUACCUUGACAACAAAGCCGGUGGUUAGUAAACAUAGUUCUCCAGGUUGAGGAAUAUAAAAGUAUGAGAGCUGUACCAGCGUGGGUGGACAAAGUUCACGACAGAGACAAGGUUGAACAAUGUAUAUAUGACCUCUGCUUCAACCCUGAUGGAUCACAAUUGGUUGUUGCUGCUGGCCAGAGAGUUCUUGUGUAUGAUACUAGUGAUGGUUCUCUGAUACAGCCUCUGAAAGGUCACAAAGAAAAUGUUUACUGUGUUUGCUAUGCUAAAGAUGGGAAACGUUUUGCAUCAGGAAGUGCUGAUAAAACUGUUAUAAUCUGGACAUCAAAACUUGAAGGGGUAUUGAAAUAUACUCAUAAUGAUGCUAUUCAGUGCCUAGCAUACAAUCCAGUCUCUCAUCAUCUUGCAAGCUGUGCCAUAAGUGACUUUGCAUUUUGGUCAGCAGAACAAAAAGCAGUACAGAAGUAUAAAUCAGGCUACCGCAUAAAUGCUUGUGGCUGGACUAAUGAUGGACAGUACCUCGCUCUUGGUCUUAAUAAUGGUUGUGUUUCAAUUCGAAAUAAGAAUGGCGAAGAGAAAGGGAGGAUUGAAAGGCCAGGAGGUGCACAAACUCCAAUCUGGGCUCUUGCAUGGAAUCCAGCAAAGGAAGACAAUUUUGACGUGUUAUGCAUUGCAGACUGGGGUCGAGGUUUAUCGUUUUACACUAUGGGUGGCAAACUGGUGGGCAAAGAGCGCAAUAUUGGCUUUGAUCCCCUUUGUGUUAGUUAUUUCAAUAAUGGUGAAUAUCUUCUCCUUGGUGGAUCAAAUAAAACCUGUACAUUGAUGACAAAAGAUGGAAUACGUCUUGGAACGGUUGGAGAAGAACAGUCUUCAUGGGUAUGGUGCUGUGCAGCCCGCCCAGAUUCCAAUUAUGUGGCCCUUGGAUGUCAAGAUGGCACAAUUGCAUACUACCAACUGAUAUUUAGCACAGUGCACGGACUUUACAGAGAACGCUAUGCCUUCAGAGAAAAUAUGACCGAUGUAAUAAUCCAGCAUCUUCUGACAAAUCAGAAAGUCAGAAUAAAAUGUCGAGACCUUAUAAGGAAAAUAGCAAUUUUUAAACAUCGACUAGCAGUUCAGCUUCCGGAACGAGUUGUAAUAUAUGAACUAUAUGCAGGAGAUUCCACAGGAAUGCAUUAUCGCGUGAAAGAAAAAAUUAAUCAAAAAUUGGAAUGUAAUUUACUAGUAGUAUGCACAAACAGUCUUGUUUUGUGUCAGGAGAAACGUUUGCAAUGUCUUACAUUUGAAGGUACGAAAGAGAGAGAAUGGGUCAUGGAAUGUGCCAUACGGUACAUAAAAGUUGUCGGAGGUCCUCCAGGUCGUGAAGGCCUGCUCUUAGGGUUGAAAGAUGGUCAAGUGUGGAAGAUAUAUCUCGACAAUCCAUUUCCUGUGCACCUUCUUAAGGUAGAUUCUGCUGUAAGAUGCCUUGAUCUGAGUCCAUCAAGAAAGAAGUUAGCUGUGGUUGAUGAAAGCAGUCAGUGCCUUGUUUACGAUCUUGUUAAAAAGGAAUUAUUGUUUCAGGAACCUAAUGCUAAUAGUGUUGCAUGGAAUACUCAUUGUGAAGCAAUGCUUUGUUUUUCUGGCAACAAUGUUCUCAGUAUAAAGGUUGACAUGUUUCCUGUUCAUCAGCAGAAAUUACAGGGUUUUGUUGUUGGUCUUUGUGGAUCCAAAGUAUUUUGCCUCCACGUUUCUACAAUGUCAACAGUUGAAGUGCCUUUGUCUGCUCCUAUGUAUCAGUAUCUUGAGAAAAAGCUUUACUAUGACGCUUACCACGUGGCAUGCCUGGGAGUUACUGACACAGAUUGGGAAGCGCUUGGUCAUGCUGCUUUAGAAGGUCUGGAUCUUGACGUUGCAAAACAUGCAUUUGUGCGGAAAAAAGAUUUGAAAUAUCUUGAGCUAAUAAGUGACAUACAGGAAAGAUUACGUAAAGGAGAAAAGGAUAAGGAAAUAUUCAUUGCAGAUAUAUUAGCUUUUCGUGGAAAAUUCAAAGAAGCUGCCCGGAUGUACCAGCGUUUGGGUCAAGAGCAGAGAGCUCUUAAUAUGUACAUUGAUUUGCGUAUGUUUGACUUGGCACAGGAUUACCUAGGUGCUGUUGAUAGCGUUGAUCGUAAAGCAUUGAUUCGCAAGAAAGCUGACUGGGCAAGGAAUAUUAAUGAACCUCGAGCAGCAGCGGAGAUGUAUCUCUCAUCUGGUGAUACAGAAAGAGCUAUUGAAAUUAUUGGCGAAAAUGGCUGGAUUGACAUGUUGGUGGAUGUUGGCCGGAGGCUUGACAAAGCAGAUCAAGAUGGUAUUAGGCAGAUUGCCGAACAUUUACAGCGAUUAGGACAAUUAAGCUAUGCAACUGAAAUGUUCAGAAAACUAGGUGAUGAGAAGAGUAUAGUUUUAUUGUAUGUAGAGGCCCAAGACUGGAAAGAAGCAUUCUUGUUAGCAGAAAAGCAACCUGAAUAUAGAGAUUUAGUCUAUGUUCCAUAUGCACAAUGGCUUGCAGAAAAUGAUAGAUUUGCAGAGGCUCAGAAAGCUUUCCAUAAAGCUGGCCGCCCUGAAGAAGCUUUCCGUGUGUUACAUCAGUUGAUUCUAAAUGCUGUUAAUGAAAGCCGAUUUCAAGAUGCAGGAUACUAUCAUUGGAUAUUGGCACACCAGUGUCUGGAUAUUGCUAGAUCAGAUGAACAUCAGAAGACCAAGAUGAUAGAAAGAUUUCAUGAACAUGAAAAACAUGCAUCUAUUUAUUACGCAUAUGAUGCAAUACAGAAAUAUCUUGACGAGCCAUUUACUUCGUAUAUGCCAGAAGCCCUCUUCAGUAUAUCGAGGUAUUUGAUGCUUGAGACAAAAGAUUUGCGACCCAAAGGAGUAUCUCAGUUUGCUAUAUUGUACACACUUGAAAAGCAAGCCCAGCAGCUUGAGGCAUACAAGUUAGCACGGCAAGUACUGGAAAAAAUCCAACAGCUUCGAAUACCACAUAGAUUCCAGGAAUACAUAGAUCUGUCAUCAAUAAUGAUACGAGCCAAGCCAUAUCAUGACAAUGAAGAAUUGCUCCCCAUGUGUUACCGUUGCUCUACUUAUAACCCACUGAUGAACACAUCUGGAAAUUGUUGUACACAAUGUAGGCAACCAUUUGUGCAUUCAUAUGUUUCCUUUGAAGUCUUGCCACUUGUGGAAUUUCAACUAGAGGAUGGAAUCACUGAUGAAGAAGCUGUCCAAUUGAUAGAAGCUGGAAAUCCAUCAAGUACUACAAACGAUGGGUGGAAGCAAGGAGGAAGUGAUCACUACCAAACGUUACAGUUUGAUGAAUCUUCUACCAGUGUAACAGAUCUGUUCACUGCAAAUCUCAUGAACUUUGAGACUGAAACUGGUGAGUUUGUGCCUGUGCUUGUUAGCAGAGCUGUCCUAAAAACUAUGGAUCCAGGAAGUGUACUCAUCUGCAAACGGCCAAAACCCUUGAGGUUCCAGUUCUACCGAAAUUUACUCCCAGAUCUGCAGAUAACACAGUGCCCAUCAUGCAGUAAGGUUCAAGACCAAGUGCAAUAUGUGCGCAAUAUAAGCAACUGUUUGAACCUACAUUAGGUUGUGUAACGAGGUUCCGAGGCCAUUUAUCCUUAAAGCACUCGGCAGUGUCCAAGUUCUGUAGAGCACAUCCAGUGCAUUUCACUAUGCACAGCCAAGUUGAAGCAGAACUAGAAAGACUACAAAGUAUGGGAGACUGUUUUAACUUGGGUGCCCACACACGGGCAGCACUGGGCAAACAGGUGACGUUUGGACAGCCAAGCAGCCAAACUGUAACAUAACUGAUGUUACUGCUCUUGCCGUAUACUCGUUGGCAAUGAUGGUUUGCGCCUGUGUGGAACACAUGCAGUCGGACUAUGUGGUGAG